ACGAUUUUCAGUUCUUUGUCUUUUGUCUUUUGUCUACUCUUGGCGACGUGUCUGCGACCUACCUGCGAAGACGAUACAAAGUUUCCCUGCUAGCAUGGCUGGGGAACGCUAUCAGGAUGGGAGCAGAGAUGGGAGGCGACCCCGUUCGCCAGAACGUGGACGCUGCGAUGGUAGAGAGGACAGUCGAGAGCGACACGGUGGCUCGAGGAGUAGCAGUUGUGAUGAUCGGAGGGACGACCCUUCAUGCCGGGGUCCACCGACAUGCUAUGGAUGCAGAGUGGUCGGUCAUUAUUGUACCGACUGUUGGAGGUACUGGACUGACCCGGUGGCUCGGUGUCAAAUGGAAGCAUACGGUUAUGUCUGCCUAGCCGAGUUUAAUGGGAGUGCUGGUGCUGCAUCGCCACCUCGAGAUCGAGCACAGCAGUUGCCGGUUUUUGAACCUGCCACUGACGUUCGCCUAGAUGAACUUGGCAGGACGGUCGCAUCUGUCCAAGAAUUUGUUGAGAUGGAAAGAGUUAGACGAGUUGAGAAGGAGCAGCGUCGUCGGGAGCGUGAGGAGGCCCGACAGGCGGAGGAGGCAGCCAGGGUAGCCGAGGCGGAGCGGGCUUUUCGCAAAGCGGAGAAAUUGCGGAAACGCGAGGAGGAACAGCUAGCCAUGGCGAAGGCGGUCGAAGUCCAACUCUCGGUGACGCUCGGAGACAUUAGGGAGGAGAUUAGAGCUGAAGUCUGUAAGGCGUUAUCGAAUUCAGUGGACAAAGGUCAAACGAAAACGGCAGCGAUUGGCAAAGGGAAAGAUAAGGUGAUUACUAUUGAAGACCUUCCGUCAACAUCUGGUACGUCCAGCGAGGUGGAGGCGAUCACUGAAGGUGCCGGGAAUUUGUCGAUACAGGAGAAGCGUAAGCGUGGAGAGGAUACACCAAUGGGCGACAACCCACCGGUGACAAUGCCAGCUAAACGAGUAAGUAAACGAACGGGCAUUCGUCCUGUGCGCCUUUCUGAACGCUUGCAAUGAACGCGCACUAAGAUCAUUGUCCGACGAUCGACGAAGGGAGCGGCCACCAAAGC